AUGAUGCAGACACCCAAUCCACCCCGUGUUCCCAUGGACAAGUCUCGCGUGAACAGCCAAGUCUACGACGGAGACUUCAAAGUCGACAACAACGUUCUCGCAAAGUUCCCAAAGGGUACAAAGGUUGUUUCUGCGCACCGCUUUGGAGUAUCAUCCUGGACCGUGACUGCCCGGCUACAUCUUCUAUUGCCCGACGGUACCGAAGAACGCUACUUUCUAAAGUCGGCUUCAGAGGCUCAUGGUUGCACCUUGAUAGAAGGCGAAUACAACGCGAUGUCUGAGCUGUACAAGUGGGCACCGUAUCUCGUACCCAAGCCGCACUCGUGGGGACGAUACCGAGAUGACGAACCCGAGGCGUACUUCUUCCUUUCACACUACAUCGACAUGAGCGACCAAAUGCCCGAUCCUGAUCAGCUGUGUGAGAAGCUGGCUCGUCUUCAUCGCGAAAGCACCUCACCUACUGGUCAAUACGGAUUCCAUGUAACGACAUGUCAGGGUCGUGCGACUCAGUCUGUAGCAUGGGAGAGAGAUUGGACGACAUUUUUCAUCAAACUCCUGCAACAUGUCAUCGAUGUCGACUUCGAGUUAAACGGAGCUUGGGAUGAGCUCGACAAGGCCGAGAAGCGGCUCAUUCAGUUUGUCAUUCCGAGACUGCUUGGAGCCCUGACCACGGAAGGUCGUAACAUCAAGCCAAGCUUGAUCCACGGUGAUCUCUGGGAAGGCAACAUCAGUACAGCCAUUGAUGGCAGUGAUGUCCUUCUUUUCGACUCCGCUGCGUUCUACGCCCAUAGUGAGCUAGAAGUGGCGGAUUGGAGACCUUACUACAACAAGAUCAGCAACAAGGUAUACUUGGAAACCUACCUGAAGUACCAAGAGCCUAGCGAACCGAAGGAAGAGUGGGACGAUCGGAAUCGACUCUACAGUAUCUAUUGGAAUGUCAUCUACUCGGUCAACCACGUUGCCCAGGGUAAAGCGAUUCGCCAAGUUGCCUACAACGAUAUGCUCUUCCUCAUCGACAGAUACGCGCCUUUUCCAGAAGGCGAGAGACCUCCGACACUACAAGAGACUGAGAUGGCUUCUCUGUCAUCUGAGCGGGAUCACACUGUGUAG